AUGUCAGGUCUUGAGGCACUCAGUGUGGCGAGUUCAAUCCUACAAGUGAUUAGUUUCGCAAGGGAGGCUGCACAUAUUUGCAAGGCCGUUUAUAACGACCAGCCUACGGAUAAUGACGAGAUCAAGAAAAGGGCACUUUCUUUAAAAGAAGCCGCUGAAACGACUACCCAAGUUUGUCGAGCAUAUCAACCACAUACAAAAGACGAAAAGAAGCUUAAGGAAAUAGCGGAUCAGUGUGCAAAGACUGCUGCCGAAUUAGAAGACAGGUUGGGAGACCUGUUGUGCCAUAACUCAUCCGGAAAUGCAUCCAAGGCUAUGCUUGUAAUGUUCAAGACCUGGAUGGGCAAGAAGAGCAUCGAGAGGCUGGAGAAUACGCUUGAUGGAUAUAAGGAUAUUUUGGAAACCCAUCUGCUAGUCUCAUUAUUCAAAAGAAGCGAUGCCAUUGCACUGCAACAGAAGCAGGAAUUUCAGAAUUUGUCCAAAAGCCUGCAAUCUUUUAUUACACAGUAUGCCACAGGAGAGACUCAAAUGAGUUCCCUGAUCAAGUCAGAGAACGCUGCUUUGAUGCACUGUACGAAGCAGAAGAUCUCCGAGGCAGAAGUCUCAGUCAAGGGGCAUAUAGCGGAUGCAAUCAAGGGGAUAAAUGUACAACACACAUCGGAAGCUGAACGGUUCCGCCUACUUCAGAGCUUCCACUACAGAGAAAUGAAUCUUCGACGAAAUCAAAUUCACCCCUCAUACAAUGAUACAUUUUGUUGGAUAUUCGAAGACAAUGGUAUUAGACAGGAGAGUGACAAGAGCUUCGUCAAGUGGCUCGCUAGUGACUGCCAAAUAUACUGGAUAUCUGGGAAGCCUGGCUCCGGUAAAAGCACCCUUAUCAAGUAUCUCGUUGAUCAUCCGAAGGCUUUAUCACUGCUCAAUGACAGCACCGAAGCCCCCAACGAGAAGUUUAAGAUUAUCUCGCACUUCUUUUGGAAAGCAGGCGGAGGCUUCAUGAAUAAUCUCAAGGGGAUGUGGCUGUCCUUGACAUAUCAGAUGUUACGGACUAUGCCAGAAAUGUCCGACUACAUUCUCGCAGCUUUUCCAUCUUCUACUAUGAAACAAUACGACAGUGACUGGUCUGGGCCCGAGAUCCGUGAGGUGUUCCUUGCUAUCAUUGCAAGAUGCAACUCGAAACUCUGCAUUUUCCUCGAUGGAUUGGAUGAAGUGUCUGCAGAUGAUGUGGAUUCCAGACAGAGAGUAGUCCGCGAUCUUUGCCAGUCUCAAAACACGAAACUCUGUAUCGCAAGUCGGCCUGAGUGGCGGCUCAAAAUGUGGCUCGAUAAGUAUCCCUUCAUUCAUUUGCAAGACUGGACAGCCCGCGACAGAGAAAGAUACGCUCAUGGAGAACUCAAGCCGUUCGUUAAAAUGAACCUGCUAAGCACUCACCUACAAGGCAAGUUGGUUGAGACACUAGUUCACAAGAGUAUGGGUGUCUUCCUAUGGAUGCACUUGGCUCUCCGAUCAGUCAAACUGGGACUUGACAACGGCGAUGAGCCACACGAUCUAUUUGAGCGGGUGAAAACCCUACCAACUGAGAUGGAAGCGCUUUACACAGGUCUCUGGGAGAAGCUCAGUAGUGAUUCGCCAAACUACCGAGCAAAGGCCGCCCGAUUCUUCAGGCUGGCUUUAGAGUUUGGAGAACAUAGCCAUUAUGGUGAGUUCUCAAUUCUUGAGCUGGCCGUAAUGCAGAACCCGCAUCUACAAGACUUGUUGCUAAAGAUGUCGAGUGACGUGCACUACUUGGAUUUCGCAAGUCAUUGUACUAAGGUGGUACGCGAUAUCGGCAUCCAGUGCCUGGGUCUAGUGGAAACCGUAUCUGUCUAUAACUACACUACCAUCAAAGAUCCUCCUACAGAGCUCAAAACCCUUGCAAAGUCUGAGGAUAUUCACCUGAGGCUCAUGCAUCGCACCGUCUAUGACUUCCUUACUGGAACUGUUCCUGGUCAAGACGUUCUCAAGCACGACUCAUUACCACGAACCGACCUAUUUGUUCUGAGAGUUAAGAACAUGCUUGCCACUGCUGUUUUAUUAAAAAUCGGCCAGAGCCAGAGGCAGAGGUGGCGAAAGCAUACAAGCUAUCAAAUCGAGUUGCAGUUCGCAUUGAACAUUUUGAGUGAGGCUUAUCGCGAGAGGUCUCUCACAGAUGAUCUCACUGAGCUGCUCAAUCUACUAAGGAGUUGGUACAUGCGUGGUCUGGCGCAAUUCAAUGUGCUUUUAUGCUCGAAGGAACGUCGACUUGCUACAUUCCUUGCCGGCUGUGUCCACUACAGUGGUGGUAUUCAUCAUCCCAUCAUACUCUGGGUCAAACAACAGUUCGGAGAAAACGAUGAAGAGCUUGCGACAGAAGUAAUGCAUUACUUAUGCCACAAUGAUACUCACAGCAUCAUUGGGUAUGAGUCCACCAAUAAGUGGGACGGAUUGAGAUUGAUGCUCUCCCUGAAAGCUGAUAUCUUCGGAACCAUUGCUCAACCUAUGUGGGAAAGGAGAGUACGCAUGAUCAAGGAGGAACGUUCUAGCUUCAUGGUGCUGUUACUAUCUCAAACUGUGCCGCGCUCGGAUUCAAUUGGGGAGGAAUCGAAGCGACUGGACUUUCUUCUGGAUGUGCUCUCCAGGUUAUCAACAGCACCUAAUGAGGACGCGUCGUUCGCUGUAUACAAAGCGCGAGACUAUUGGUAUAGUGAACCGACAUUUUUCUGUGGUGGCAAAGUCCCGCUGCCAGACGAGAUGUCUCUUUCAGACGCAAUACACUCUCAAGAAGCAAUUGGAGUAAUAAUUAAAGCCAAUCUCGCUUUCUGGAUUCACAUGUACCGUCUGACACUGCUGGGAUUCUUCAAUAAAAGUGCGCAAGAGGUUGGGUCUAGGGAUCUAGACACCUGGUCGAGUAUCCUCAAGCAACUUGACCUUCUGGAACCUUAUGGUAAACCCUCUUCCGGGCGUAUCAUGUAUGUUCUGCAUCAGAGCAGUGAAAACUAUCGGAUUCUCAAGAUAACGAACGACUCUAUUUCACUUCAGCUUAUCAACGAUUGGUUCUUACAAGUCCAAACAGACGAGCAUCCUAGGUGGCUGCCUAACCCAUGCACUCUCCUCUCGGCACUCUCCUCACACCUGGGUAAUGAUCAGGUAUUUGAGAGAGUCACGGACGAUGUUCUUGACGUCAAGGAUGGCAAGGUAUUAGCUGAGUGGUAUCACGAAAGUCGUAUUAAUGAAAAGAAAGCUGGAAAGAAUUACGCCUCAGCUAAAGGGGGUAGAUUUAUAUUUAAAGGGGAGAUAUCUUAG